AUCGCGACCCGGUCGUUGAUGCCGACCGUGGUUGGCAACAAGAUGGCCCCAAAAUGCUUCCUCCGUAGCCAUUUUGGCUCAAGCCACUUUGGCCCAGAGAGAAUCUCCAGGUGGCCUUGCGCUACCACCCAGGACUCACCGGUCAGCAGCAGGAGCCUCGGCCAUGGCCUCCCGCGUUCCCACCGUGGACGGCGACCGGGCCGUGCUCGACGAGAGCGAGUCCGAUCCCGGCGAGGCCGCUCCGAGCAGCGCCUCGCGUCCGCGGCGGGCGUGGGCCGUCGCGGCGGCGCUGGCGGCGGCGGGCCUGGCCUUCGCCCUGCUCCUGGCGGGGGCCCCCGGCCGCCCAGUGCGGUCCACGGGCUCCUCGCGCGGGGCCCUCAUCGCGGAGGCGGAGCAGGCGCCCGAGAGGGAGGCGUUGGUGAUGCUCCCGGGCAUGGGGAAGCAGGCCGGCGCGUCCGAGGGCAGCGAGGAGCCGAGGACAGCCGAGGACAGCAUGGCGGAGGCCGUGGAGCUGGGCAAGGCCGCGGGCGACGCCAGGGAGGCCGCGAAGAAGCGCGGCGAGCUCGCCGAGGAUCGGGUGAAGCAGGCGCAGCAGGCGAUCCAAGACGCCAAGGAGUCGGUCCAGAAGGCGAAGCGGGGCGUCAAGGACGCGGAGGCCCAGAUCAAGGAAGGCAAGGCUCUGCGCGAGCAGGCGCUGAAGGAUGCCGAGGAGGGUUCCAGGCAGCAGGAAAAGGCAGAGGGCGACCUUGUUUUGGCGAAGAAGGACCUCGACGGUGCCACCAGCGACCAGGCCAAGGCGCAGGACCAGAAGACCGCUGCCAAGGAGGCAGAGGAGGCCUCCUUGAAGAAGGCCGCGAGCAGCCGCGCCUGCGUUGACCUCCCUGGGGUGAGGAUGCGCCCUGGGGCCAGCGAGAACGAGUUCCGCCGCCAGGUAGAGCCUGGCUGGUACCCAAAGAUGGACAGCAUGUCGGCCUGCACGGAGUGGUGCAAGUCGCACGCCUCCUGCAUUCAGGCGACCUUCUCCUACGUCGGUGUGCCAGAGGGCGGCAAUCCGUGCCACCUGUUCGAGGAGCGCGGCGAGGUCUACGACUUCCGCGACGACUUCAACGCCUCGUGGUGCGGCACUCUCGAGCAGACCGACUACCUGGUUGGGGAGGUCAAGAAGGUUUUCGAGCAAAAGCCCUGGGUCGGGGACAACUUCGGUGCCGUCCCGUGUGGCUUCGGCGGCGACGACUGCCAGGAGAGCAGGUGUUGCGGCUCGCAGACGUGCACGUGGGACUUUAGCAAGUGCGAGUACUUCAAGUGCAUCAGGAAGGACGAGAAUUUCGCGGGCUGCGCUGCGGAGCCAGGGGGUGGUUGGGACGGCGAGAUCCUUGGUUACGGGCCCUCCGAUGAGGACCUCCCCGCCGUCGAGGAUGGGAAGCUGGCCCACCCGACCUCUCUAUUCUGUUUUGUGGUGAUGAUGCCCGGGGCGCGCGCCUCCGCCGGGGUGCAGGAGGACGAGGGGGCGCUGGUGGCGACUAUGAAGGAGACGUCGUCGAGCGUCUACUCCUGCGACGAGCAGCUGGUGAUCGAGGGCUGGGUGAGCUCAGGCUCCGAGGCGAACAUCGACGCCUUCAUCCAGUACUGGGGCAAGGUGAAGGAGGACGGCCGCUACAUGCUGCACGACUGGGUGAUCAAGGCCGACGCAGACUGCGUCUUCAUGGCGGACCGUGUCAAGGCCCAUAUCAAUCAGUUCAAGCCGCCCGCUGGCGCUGCCGUCUACUUCAGGAACACCGCGUUCAGGUUCAACUUCAUGGGCGCUUUCGAGAUGAUGAGCCGGGAGGGCGCCCAGGUGUUCUUCGAGAACAACUGGCAGUGCGACGCGAAGAUUGGCCAUACGGGCGGAGAGGAUUACUGGAUGAAGCUGUGCCUUGAUACCCUGGGACUCCGCCACAUCUCGGACUACGCCCUGCUGUACGACAAGUACGCCGCGCAGAAUGAUUGCGUUGACUCUUGGGCCGCAGCCUUCCACUUCUACAAGACCCCCGAGCAGGUUAAGAGCUGCCUGAAUGGGAUCAACAGAUGAUAGCGCUCUACGCGAUCGCCGAGCAUAUAGCUCCACGGCAGCCUCGUCGAAUUUUGCUCGCGCUCGCCCGUUCCUGCUUCGCGUGCGAAGCCGUCAGAACUCCUGUCUUCCAAUGAAACUUAGGGGACUGCACGCGUUCGCUUUAGCAGACUCGCAUUUUUGUGCCAGCGUCUUUAAGACACGCCAGACAAUGUACAAUUCCAGCAGCUCUGCACGCUGUUGCUGCAAUUACCUUCACAUGUGCAUUAUGGCGGGGAGCCGUAGCAUCAGCUGCUCUCUCCGUCGUCGCCGUCCUCCUCCUCUUCCUCCUCCUGUUCCUGCACCUCCUUCUCUUCCAACACUCAAGAGGCAAUUGCCUUCUGGAAAGUAUAGGCACCGACUCUGGUUGUCUUUGCGUGCACGAGUUAGCUCAUCAAUUCUGUCCCAAUCUUGGCGCGCUCUUCUCUUCAAUUUUCGUUUGAAUAGUGCCGAAUUCGAUCUUCUCGUCUGCCUAAGACCGUGGCAAUGACCCGACAGCAACGUGGUCAUGAGCCUCCAAGGCAA